CUUUGCUGCUGCCAACGAAGUGACAGGAGAAAAUGCUGAGGUGCCGCCAAACUGCUCCUGCUGCCGGCCGAAGGGGGCUGGGUGGGCUUCCGGCGUCUUCUCGGAGCGGGAGUGGCGGCGUCUGCAGUAGCCUUGCGAGGGAGGCGAGUUGAACAGCGCCCAGCGGUGGGUGAAUGAGCGCCCAUCAGAGGCAAAGAGGGAGAGGCAGAAGCGGCCGUUGGCACCGAUUUCCUGAAGACCCGGGAGGAAGAACGAGCAUUAGAAAUGAUGUGCGAAGUGAUGCCUACGAUAAACGAGGACACCCCAAUGAGUCAAAGGGGGUCCCAGAGCAGUGGAUCGGACUCAGAUUCUCAUUUUGAACAGCUAAUGGUGAAUAUGCUAGAUGAAAGAGAUCGUCUUCUAGAUACUCUUCGAGAGACACAAGAAAGUUUAUCUCUGGCACAGCAACGACUUCAAGAUGUAAUCUAUGAUAGAGAUUCUCUCCAACGACAACUCAAUUCUGCACUGCCCCAGAUGACGGUUGCGGCUGGUACGAGCAUUGAGAAUAACAUUCAAAGGACCAUAUCCUGCCCUAAUGUAUGUUCUGCAUAUCUUGGAUUCUUGUCUUCUUUUAAUGCAAAAUUUCAUUAUGAAUUUGCUGCACUUACAAAAGAACUAAAUGCAUGUAGGGAACAACUACUGGAAAAAGAAGAAGAAAUUUCGGAACUGAAAGCUGAAAGGAAUAAUACAAGAACUAUUAGAUCUGAUGCUGUUGAAGAAAUGUAA